AUGGCAGCGGAUGUGGAAGACCUUGCGGUUGGCGACGAACAUGGCUAUGUAUGGUAUUAUUCAGUAGAAUGGCCGGACCAUGAUUCUACUUGGGGGGGCUCUAUGGUGUUACUGGCAAAAAUCUCUGCCCACACACAGCAAAUUUGUGGCUUGUCUUGGUCACCAGAUGGUACUUAUCUUGCAACUGGUGGCAAUGAUAAUGCCUGUCUGCUCUUCGAGAUUUGCGAGAUCGUUCCACCAGCCCAACUUGGAGAGCCACCAGAGGAUCCGCCGCUGCAGCAUCGAUCCUCGGGAUGCCAUAACGCAUUUUCUUGUCUCGCUGUCAACGCCAACCCUAGACGCCUCUUCAGCAGACGAAACAUCCUCAGCCACCUACUUCCUUUCUGGGGUAAUUCGGACGCCAGACCGUUGUCUCCCUCGAUCUUUAAACAGACCGGUUCAUUCAUUUCUGGGGGCGGACGAACAGCCAUAGUGUCCCCAAACAGUCACAAACACCGGUUCGCGCAUUCCGCAGCUGUCAAGGCGAUAGCUUUCGCUCCGUGGCAGCCAUCUCUUCUCGCCACCGGUGGUGGAUCAAAUGACCGGGCUAUCCACUUCUUCCAUACACAGUCAGGCGCAUGUCUCGCUACAAUCAACGUAUAUGCCCAAGUAACUAGCUUGAUAUGGAGCAAAACACGACCAGAGAUAGCUGCUACUUUCGGGUAUGCGCAACCAGAGCAUCCUAUCCGCAUCGCUGUCUUUACGUGGCCGAGUUGUGAACAGAUCACCGCAAUUCCAUGGGGCCCGCGUGGAAGCAGCGUGGAUGGUGGCAUCAACGAGAGUACCACUGACUGCGGGAGAGCUCUUUGGGCAGUCAGCUAUCCUGGAUGCCCUUACGGGUUGGCUGCAGAUCUCCAUGACCAGGCUGAUACUUCAACUGAAGAGGGCCCGAGUGGGCGGCGGCGGCGUGGAUCUUGUCAACGGAAAUCUGCGUUGGCAGUAGUACGCCCAAAGGCGAAAGAGGGUGGCCUGUGGUGUUCGCGAACCCUAGAAGAAGGGUGUAUUAUUGUUGCAUCGAGUGACCAAACGGUGAAGUUUCAUGAGGUUUGGGGUGGGCCGCGGAAAACCGCUGCAGCAGCCUCUGGAUUUCUCGGGGGCAGCGACAUCCUUGAAGAGCUGGAAGGGAUUGAAAAUCCAGGGAAGGAAAUUAUUCGAUAG